AGUCUGCCCUUUGCAAACUGGAAGAGACAGAUGAGAUAGAGAGGAUUUUUGUUGGGAUUGGCUUUGUCCAGCGAGCGAAAGACUGUAAGGUGCAUUCAGCAGGGAUGCGUGUGCACUCUCUCGCAGAGCUGAGAGAGGACUCCGUGGGUGGGUGCUGGCGUGUGUGUUUUGCAGGAGAGAUUUAAAGUGAUCAAAUCCGCUGUAACCUGCAGAUUCAAACAGAGCUGAGGGGAGGUGUGGUGGAAGGAUAAGGGAGCGGAGAAAGCUGCAAAAGAUUGAAGAAAUGACAGGGGCGGAGACCUCGGCAAGACUGCAAUGCAUCUGACUUGGUGAACGCCAGAUUUCACAAGCAGGGAGGUGGUGGAACAGUGGCGGAGCUGAAUCUAACCAUGAGCACCGAGGUCGCCCAGGAGGGGGUAUCGGUGUCGUCACCGCCGGGCACGGCUCGGAAGGAGUGCUAUUUUGACCGGGUGGCAGAGAGCGACCCUGAGUACCUUCGGCUGCGGAACAUGGCUCCGACGCUGAGGCAGGAUUUCAACGUGAUGGAGCAGAAGAAGAGAGUGACGGUCAUUCUGCAAAGUCCGGCCUUCCGGGAAGAGUUGGAGAGCCUGAUCCAGGAGCAGCUGAGGAAAGGGAAUGACUCCAGCAAUGUGAGGGCCCUGAGGCACAUCGUGGACUUCAUCAGCAGCAGCGGCAGUUGCGGCCCCUUGGCACUGCCCACCUCCCCGCCCGGGCCGGCCAUGGUGGCGCCGAUCAACGAUGUCCACGGAACCGAGUGCCCGGGUUUUGUCAAGGGGGAGCGUCUCAUGAGGUGCAAGAUUGCCAGUGUCUACCGCCUUCUCGACAUCUUCGGGUGGGCCCAGCUGGCCAAGACUUACAUCACGCUGCGCGUCAGCAAGGAGCAGGGCCACUUCCUCAUCAUUCCCAGAGGGAUUUCAUACGGGGAGGCCUCCGCUUCAGUCCUGGUCAAGGUGAACAUCGUGGGAGGCGUGGUGAACCAGGGCAGCACCGGACUUCCCGUAGACUGCACGGGAUUCGGCCUGCACUCGGCCAUCUACGCUGCCCGGCCUGACGUCUGUUGCGUCAUCCACUUGCAGACUCCAGCCACGGCCGCGGUUUCCGCCAUGAAGUGUGGCAUUUUGCCGAUAUCCCACGAGGCCUUGUUAGUCGGAGACGUGGCUUACUACGAAUACAAUGGAGCCCUGGACGAAGAGAAGGAUAGGAUCCAACUCCAGAAAUGCCUCGGCCCGACGGCGAAGGUUCUGCUUUUAAGAAAUCAUGGCGUUGUUGCACUCGGCGAGACCGUGGAAGAGGCCUUUUACAAAAUGUACCACCUCCAGGCAGCCUGUGAGAUCCAGGUCUCAUGCCUCUCCUGCGCCGGGGGAGUGGAGAACGUGACCCUCCUGGACCGCGAGCAGUACCGGCCUCUCGAGGCUAGCGCGCUGGCCCGGGCGGGCACCACCUUCGGCCCGGUGCAGAAGAGCCGGCUCGGGGAGCAUGAGUUUGAGGCCCUGAUGAGGAUGUUGGACAACCUGGGCUUUCGGACAGGAUAUGCCUACAGGCACCCAGUUGUCCAGGAGCGAGCCAAGCACAAGAGUGAGGUGGAGAUCCCCGCGACGGUGACGGCGUUCGCCUUCGACGAGGACGCGCUGUGCCCGCCAGCACUGCGGCACCACAGCCACAGGCAGCAGCUGGAGAAGACGCGUUGGCUGAACUCGCCCAACAUCUACCUGAGGGUCAGCGAUGAUCUGCACGGGGAUGCCAGCAGGGUGCGGGCCAGAACCACGUGGCUGAAGGCUGACGAGGUGUCGAAAUCCAGCAGCGGGACCCCGAUCAAGAUUAAAACGCCCAACCAGUUUGUGCCUCUGUUUACAGACCCUCGGGAAGUGCUCGAAACCAGGAAUAAGAUCCGCGAGCAGAACCGGCAAGACAUGAAGUCGGCAGGACCACAGUCGCAGCUGUUGGCAGGUGUUAUCAUGGAAAAGAGCCCCAGCGCGUCCACGGAUGGAACUCUGGAGGCUACCGGUGCCCAGAGUCCGGAAGAGGAGCCGGAAUUGGCAGGCGAGGAACCGGAGACCCCGAACCCCUUCAACGAGUUGACGGACCAGGAGCUGGAGGACUACAAGCGGGAGGUCCAGUGGAAGCAGCUCGGGCUGGACGGCCCGGACGACGAGGACACUUCCGCUGGGAUCUCUCCGCUCCGGAGCCCACUCCCGUCGCCCACAAAGUCGCCCACCUCUCCUCGCUCACCAGGAGAAACCACACUGCCCUCCGACUCCAAAGGAGUGGGCGAGUCGGACACACCUGGGGACGGCAAACCAGACGACGGCUCCCUGGAAGAGCAGCUUAGCAAAGGGAUCAGCACGAUGAUGGCCAACACCAACGCGGAGAACGGCGUGGAGGAGGUGCCGCGGACGGGCAAAGACCGCCCAGAAACGGGCACCGGCGCUCCCCUCUCUCCCGACGGCUCUCCUUCCAAGUCCCCCUCCAAGAAGAAGAAGAAAUUCCGCACUCCCUCCUUCCUGAAGAAGAGCAAAAAGAAGGAGAAGAUGGAGACCUGAGUUGUAUGCGUGGGCUGGGGUGGUGGUGUGGGGGGUGGGGGAAGAA